CAGUUGAUUUAGAUCGGUUGGCUCCAUGAACGAUUCAAUCGGCUCUAAAUAAUCAAAAUCAAAAACAAACUUUUGCUACCUUUUCUCUAAUUCCACACCUAGGGUUCCCUUCAACCUUUCUCCCUUUGCGUUUGAUCGGUGAACAAUAUGCCAUGCAGAUGGCUGAUUGAAAAAGGAGAAGACGAAGAACAAGAUAAAGAAAAGGAAUAAUCUUUUGAGGGUUUUAUUAGGUAUUUCGAACUUGUUCUCGGGUCUUGAUCUGAGGCUAAACUUUCUCUCUUUUCUCUUCCGUGAAAAGAAAAGGAAAAAUAAAAUGAGCGCUACAAGGUUUAUAAAGUGCGUGACUGUGGGCGAUGGUGCCGUUGGUAAAACCUGUUUGCUGAUUUCUUACACCAGCAACACUUUCCCUACGGAUUAUGUGCCAACUGUUUUCGACAAUUUCAGCGCAAAUGUUGUUGUCAAUGGGAGUACUGUUAAUCUGGGGUUGUGGGACACUGCAGGACAGGAGGAUUACAAUAGACUAAGACCCUUGAGUUAUCGAGGCGCGGAUGUGUUCAUAUUGGCAUUUUCCCUCAUUAGCAAGGCCAGUUACGAAAAUGUUUCUAAAAAGUGGAUUCCAGAGUUGAAGCAUUAUGCCCCUGGUGUUCCAGUCAUUCUCGUUGGAACCAAGCUUGAUCUUCGGGACGAUAAGCAGUACCUUGAUGAUCAUCCUGGAGCUGUGCCCAUUUCUACAGCCCAGGGAGAGGAGCUGAGGAAGCAGAUUGAUGCACCUGCUUAUAUUGAAUGCAGUGCAAAGUCGCAGCAGAAUGUGAAGUCAGUUUUUGAUACAGCGAUCAAAGUUGUUCUUCAACCUCCCAAGCUGAAGAAAAAGAGCAAAGCCUGCUCGAUAUUGUGAGCGGAGAAGGGAAAUGUAGAAAGAAUAUGCCUUCAGCCCAUUCCGUUGUCCCAUCAUCCCGCUCUCCCCUUCUCCUUGCACUUGAAGAUGCUAAAACCCUGGAUAUCAUAUUAGUUACCCAGCUGACAGCUCAGGAUCUUAGUAACACAUCUGAUGGUAGGAUUGCUUUAUUGAAACUCUCGUUAAAAUGAAGUAUACGAUGCCAGCCUCCGUCCGCACUCUGUUUCGGAUACGAUUUUUGUAUUAGUGCCCCUCGAACAUUCUAGUUAGUAAACUGCUCGGACGGUUAAAUUUAUUGCAUGUUAUUGGUUUUAGAAAAUCAGUGGUAUGUUUGUUGGGUGUUGUGCUUAGUUUCUUGCAAUGCAACAUGUUUGUUUCCAAUGGAUCUGCGGGUCAACCACAUUGCAAUCACCAGGCACCAA